UUCCUUACCAUUCACUAUAUAUAUCAACACCCACUCUCCCAACCUUGCUUACUUCAUUCCUCUCUUCUAUCACUAUACUUCUUUGUAUUCUCUCAAUACUUUUCAUCAUAUUCCUACUUUCUUUCUUUCUUUCUUUCUUUCUUUGUGUGAGUAAGCUCUCUCUCUCUUUCUCUCUCUCUCUCUCUCUCUAGCUAGCUAUUGCUCUUUUUUUUUUUUCUUAUGGAAGGUCAAGAAGAAGUAGCUGUCAUGGGGUCUAAUGGCCACACCCAAAUCGUCAAAGGCAAGCGUACCAAGCGCCAGAGGCCCUUGUCUCCCUUUGAUCUUGCUCUCACUUCUAGCUCAUCAAGUGUUGGGCUUGCUGGUAGUGGUAACACUAGUGAUUAUGCUUCGAUUUCAUCACCAUCAGCAGGAACUAAUUGCGAAGUGGAUGUAUAUGAGAGCACUGAAGAAGAGGAAGACAUGGCUAAUUGUUUGAUACUCUUAGCCAAAGGUGUUGGCACAAGGCAAUCACCAGAAUUAGCCACAACCACAACAACAGCAACUACUGCUACUACUACUACCAAGUCCGGGUUCUAUAUUUACGAGUGCAAGACUUGUAACCGGGCUUUCCCUUCAUUUCAAGCCCUUGGUGGUCACAGAGCAAGUCACAAAAAGCCUAAGCCGAUGAUAGAAGAGAAAAAAGCAGCACCAACAGCAACACCACCAUCCACAGAAUAUGUUGAAGAAGCGCAAAUCAAUAUUAGAAACAAUUGUACCACUAGUUCUCCUCCCAAACAUGUCCAAAUUGGUGCAGCACCCAACAAAGGUUUGAUCAAUACCAACAACAACAACAAGACCAAAAUCCAUGAGUGUUCCAUAUGUGGUUUGGAAUUUAUGUCUGGUCAAGCCCUUGGUGGACACAUGAGACGGCAUAGAUCAGCAGUAGCAGCAUCACCAAGCCAAAUGGUGACGAUGGGCGUUGAAACAACAAUAAGUACCACUUUGGAAUCCAAGCACGUUGAGAUCAAGCCAAGAAGAAAUAUUCUAUCUUUGGAUCUAAAUCUUCCAGCACCAGAAGAUGAUUCUAAGUUCCAAUUCACAUCAGCAGCAGCACAACAAAGUCUUGUGUUCUCCGCCUCAGCCUUGGUGGAUUGCCAUUACUAGGAUGUGACGGAAACAAAAAAAAAAAUCAAAAAAAAAAAAAUUAUUGGUUAUUCUUGAUCAUUGUGAAUUAUUA